ACUUCAAUGAUCAUCAGUCUGCUCAAAAUUGCACUGUCGCUGGAAGAUCGCCAUGCAGCUACAAGUCGUGGUGUUUGUGCUGCGGUAUCAGCCCUUUAUCGCCGCCCCCACCGUUCUGGGGCGUGAAAUCUCCAGUUUUUUGGGGCCGUCAGCUCAUCUUUCUCUAAGCGAGGCAUGCAAGGUAGGCUCGAUUUCUCUAUUGGACUGGAUGUGGGAGGCGAGCUGCAUAUCCAUCGCUGAAAGACCAUCAAGUUGGUCUCUCGCCAACUUCCUGCGCUCCGAUGUUCACUACUAUCGAUGGCAGUUCUCCAAGACGCUGGAAGCUGCUGCUACUCACGCCAAUUUGGCGACACUGGACUGGGUUUUCAAACACUUUAAGGGGUGCAUUGCGACUGGGAAUAUUGUGGAGCUAGUAGCUGGAAAAGGCCACCUCCAGGUUCUGCAGUAUAUGCUGGAGCGCGAUGCUGGGCGUGAAUACAGACAUCAUCGUGUGCCAGUUGAUAACGAGAGUGAACUGUACUAUAGUAUACCUGAGUUGCCAUCACAUUGGAGUGGACCUGGUAAUUGUAUGUGUUGGGGUGGUCGUAGUAUGCUUCGCGCUAUUGAAAAUGGCCACUUGGAUGUUGCACGGUGGUUGGAUGACAAUAGCCCUCACGAGCACAACGACAACGAGAUAAAGGCCAUCGUUCACGCCGCUCUAGAGGCUGGCGCUGUGGAGUUUGCUAAGUCUCUUUUACCAGCAGACAGAAGCAUCUUCGACUAUGCUGAGAACUGUUUCCAUCCUGACGUGGUUGAGAUGAAGCUAAAUAGCGGGAUACAGCUGAAUCAAACCGAUGCUGCACUUGCAGUGUAUAGCCUUACUAAAGCUGGACGUCUGGAUCUCUUGAAGCAACUUGACCAUCUUCACAGUCCUCCCCCAGCGGACAACGAGCCAUAUCUGCACUGCUGGAAGCUAGCAAUGUAUGGGACCAUUCAAAGGGAGGACUUUCCAAUGAUUCAGUGGUUGGUGGAGCAUCAAUUUGGACAAGAUGUACGAGAAAAACGCGAUGGAUCACUGGGCUUUGUUGACGUGGCGGCAUCAAGAGGAAAUCUUUGCAUUCUGCAAUAUCUACGCGAUAAAGGGUUUGCUGACGGAUAUGAGGACGCGCUAGUAAGAGCAGUUCACAGUGGCUACUUGGACGCUGUGAAAUGGCUGCUUCCUCAUGCCACAGACCUCACGAAACUAGAUGAUCAUAAUUUGAUGGAUGAAGCCGCAAAAUAUGGUCAUUUGGACAUCCUGCAGUUCUUCCAUAACACAAGUUCGCCGUGUGCAUUAAUCUCACGGAAAACGGAUGCUAUGGAAAUAAUUCGUUGCUCGCCCAAGGCAAUGGAUUUCGCAGCAGCACAAGGGCAUCUGGACGUAGUGCAAUGGUUACACGCGAAUCGGUCCGAAGGCUGCACUACAUUUGCCAUGAACAAUGCUGCAAAAAAUGGCUAUCUGGAGAUUGUUCAAUGGCUUCACACUAACCGAUCCGAGGGAUGCACAACUGAAGCGAUGGAUUCUGCAGCCCAAGAAGGUUUCGUGGAGACAGUCAAGUGGCUACAUAAGAAUCGCUCGGAGGGCUGUACAUUCAAAGCAAUCGAAAUGGCGAUUAGCAAUGGGCAUCUGCAUGUUGCGUGUUGGUUAAGAACUCAUUAUACUGAGCACCACCCGGCAAUGGUAGGCAAAGCAAUUUGCCCAGGGCGUAUGCUAGAGAUUCUUCUCUUCCUCUAUGUACACUACCCACACGUGUUCACGAUAUGGUUUUGUGCAAGAAUUCGACGAUUUCUGUUGAGUGCUAAUGGAGCGAAUAGCAAUGUAGUAGAAUGGCUAGACGCACACCAUCCAAAUCAUUGAUGCUGGCUUUAAAAUAAGCUUGUUUUUUUUUUCGGGAUCAUGGUACGGUUUGUCGACCAAUAGCUUCUUCUCGGGUUCGGAAUCCCGUUCAUUCUAACUGACAAAUUCAUUUUUCGGUAUUACCACCGCUUUGUUAGGUC